AUGGCCACAAACAAGACGACGAAGGCGAAGGUUUCGCCCGCUACACAUCUGAUUGCUGGUGGUAUCGCCGGUUUUGCUGAGGCUUGCACAUGCCACCCGCUCGACACCAUCAAGGUGCGCAUGCAGCUCUCUCGCAGGGGCCGUGGUACAGGUGAGAAGCCCCGCGGCUUCUUCGCUACCGGUCUGCACAUCAUCCGUCGCGAGUCGCCCCUUGGUCUGUACAAGGGUCUGGGUGCCGUCAUCGCCGGUAUCGUGCCAAAGAUGGCCAUCCGUUUCAUGAGUUUCGAGCAGUACAAGCUCAUGCUUGCGAACAAGCAGACGGGUGUUACCAGCCCACAGGGUGUCUUUUUGGCUGGUCUGCUUGCCGGUACCACGGAAGCUGUGGCCGUCGUCAACCCCAUGGAGGUCGUCAAGAUCCGUCUGCAGGCCCAGCAGCACUCGCUGGCUGACCCGCUCGAGAAGCCCCGCUACCGCAACGCUGCCCACGCUCUGUAUACUAUCAUUCGUGAGGAAGGUUUCAUGACCCUCUACCGUGGUGUGGCAUUGACUGCUGCCCGUCAGGCUACGAACCAGGCUGCCAACUUCACUGCCUACCAGGAGCUCAAGGCCUUGGCACAGCGUGUGCAGAACACGACAGACCUGCCUUCGUACGAGACGGCUGUGAUCGGUCUCAUUUCUGGUGCCCUCGGUCCGUUCUCGAACGCCCCGAUCGAUACCAUCAAGACCCGUAUCCAGCGUGCUAGCAAGGUCGAGGGCGAGACCGCCAUUAGCCGUGUCGUUAAGGUCGCCAGCGAGAUGUUUGCUCAGGAGGGUGUCAGUGCCUUCUGGAAGGGUAUUACCCCGCGUGUCGCCCGUGUGGCCCCGGGUCAGGCUGUGGUCUUCACAAUCUACGAGAAGGUGAAGGGUAUGAUCGAGAACACCGGUACCACUACUGUGCCCGCUGUGACGAAGCAAUAA